AUGUCUCCAAGCGAUCACAUCACGCAAUGCCCGGGUUUAUCAGGGUUCAACGCAUACAUCCGACUACUCACCAUCAGCGACGUAAAGUCCUGCGUCGCAGUCGAAAGCACAUUCCCCGAACAAGAGCGCUGUUCUGAAGAAAAGUUCAAAUACCGCCUCACAGCCUGCCCACCCCUAAGCCUCGGCCUCUUCAUAAAAACCCAAACCGGCAUCGACCAACAAAUCGGCCACGUUAUCGGUGCAAGAAUAUCCUCCAACACAAUCACAGAAGCAUCGAUGGGUAUGCCAGAGAAUUGGCACUCUCUACCCGUCAACGAACCCGUCAUUGUCGAUGGACAGGUCAUUGGUAAUGAUCCCGCGGGUGAGAAUGUCGCUGUUCACUCGGUGGUCACGAUUCCGCAGUUUCAGGGGAAAGGAAUUGGGAGGGCUUUGGUUAAGGCGUAUAUUGAGUAUAUCAAGGAAAUGGGUAGUGUGAGUGGUGUGAGGAGUGUUGUGUUGAUUGCGCAUGAUUAUUUGGUUAGGUUUUAUGAGCAGGGUGGAUUUGAGAAGAGGGGGGUUAGUGAGUGUCGGUUUGCUGGGGGUGUUUGGGUUGAUUUGGUUCACGAUCUUUGA